AUGGUUACGACGUGCCCAACUUGUUGUAAGCAUCGACAAAACCACGCAGAGCCUAUGAUAGCGUCUCCACUCCCAGAACGACCCUGGCAAAAGAUUGCCACAGAUCUUUUCCAUCAUAAUGGGAAAGACUAUGUCAUCGCUGUCGAUUAUUACUCCCGAUACUUCGAAGUUGCUCCACUCAAGAUUACCACUUCAGAGAACGUCGUGAACCACUUGAAAUCGUUUUUCUGUCGUCAUGGUAUCCCAGAAAUUGUUAUGUCGGAUAAUGGGCCGCAAUUUUCUGCAGCUACCUUUUCCAAAUUUGCGGACGAAUGGGGGUUUACUCAUUUAAAAAGCAGUCCCUAUUACCCUCAAAGUAAUGGAGAGGCAGAGAGGGCAGUAAAGACCGCAAAGAGUCUAUUUGUCAAAUCUGAAGAUCCAUAUUUGGCUCUACUGUCCUACAGAACAACACCACUACAGAAUGGACACACUCCAGCAGAGUUACUGAUGGGAUGCAAAUUACGUUCUACUUUGCCUUUAUCUCCAGAAAAGCUGAAACCUAUGUUAUUAGACACGGAACAAUUAAGAAAGAACAAACAGACAUACAAACGUCAACAAACACAAGGUUACAACAAGCGACAUAGAGCGGCAUGUUUGUCUGACCUGAGUCCUGGAGAAACAGUUUGGUUGCCAGAAAUGAGUUCUCCAGCAGUUGUUGUUUCCAAGUCACCCAAACCAAGAUCAUAUAUUGUGCAAACGGAAAAAGGCACGGUGAGAAGAAAUAGACGACAAGUAGUACCCAGUCCAAAGGAACCAGUUAUGAGAGAAUCACAACCUACGAACGAGAGUACGAGUGAGAACAUUUCAUGUCCCAACAGUAUGUCCGACAAUGUCGUGAGAACUCGUUCAGGACGUGUUGUUGUACCGCCUAAUAGACUCAAUUUGUGA